GAUGAAAGACUCGAUCAGACGUGUCAUCAGAUGUGAUGAAAUUGAAAUCUUCAGUCUUAUUGAGAGACAGGAGGAGAAGCCACUGAUUCUUGACGUCAGAUAUUAUGCAAAAAAGAAUUCAUUGAUUCUUUCCUCAGUUUUUCUCAAUUCAGUGGUUCUUCAAAACCGAGCGAUUCUUGAGAGCGAGUUAGAGCUUAAUAUAACGCAAAUCGGAAUUAAUGAAUGUUUGGGAGAAGAGGGACACGAAUGCGAGUCAACGAGUUGUACGACUGAACACGUGUUGGACGAGUCGAGUGAUGUCCUCAUAAACGGAAACUAUACUUCUUUGGUGGGCAUUAAUCUGCGGACAAAAGCCAACUGUGUUUGCGAUUACGAGCCGACCCGCGCUACCCGGGACUCGUCGUGCGCUCACCACAAGUGUCUCAAUGGCGGCACUUGUGUCCAAUCAGACCAUUCAAACUACGUUAGGUGUGACUGUCCUCACGAUAUGGAUGGACCGGAAUGUCAACUGAGGAGCCGGUCGUUCAACGGUGAGGGAUGGCUGUGGUUGAAGGGCUUCUCCCAAUGCAGUGAAUCUCAUAUAAGUUUGCAAUUCAUGACCCAAAUGUCAAACGGACUCAUCUUCUACUUCGGACCCCUAUCUCCACCUCCAGAGAGCUCUCCGUUUAAUACGAUUAUCACUGAUUUCAUGUCUCUUGAGUUGAGAAAUGGAAGGGCACGACUACUGUAUGAUUUUGGUUCGGGCGCUGAGGAGCUGAUGGUUCAAAGCCCUCAUCCGCUGAAUAACGGCGAAUGGCAUACAAUUGAUAUC